UAAAUCCCAAGGAAGCUGGUGCUCACAGGCGCAGCUGGACUUCUGGAUAACUGGACUGCAGCCCACUGGAAUAUUUAGCCAAAAAGGAGAUCAGAUAAACUGCGUUUGUCGUCUGGUUAAAAGCUCCAGAACAGGCAUUAGCAGUAAAGAGGCCAUUUUAUCAGCUAAGUUAAGGAGCAACACCCUUUUUUCACCAGCCUAGUUGUCAGUGUGGCAGGGUGUGCCUCUUCCCUGUAACAUGAGAGCCACAUGACCAAUAGGAAGACAAACAGGCUGGAGUUUCGAUUUCUUCCGCAAACUUUACGAGGACCGUUUGUGAGACACCAGCCAACGAUGGCGAAUCCGUUACAGAAGCUUGUGUCGGAGAGGAAGGACAUGGUGGAGACGGUGAUGGAGGUGUUCGAACAGGGAGCCGAAGUGGUGGCCAGCAUCGCCGGAGACCUCUUCCCCGUGUUUUCCAUCGCCGCUCCCAUUGUCAAGCUGGCUCUGGACAACGUGGAGAGCAAAGAGGCGGCCUUCAUGAAGGAGCAGUUCCAGAAGGUCAGAGACCGUCUGGAGGUGGCCUCCGAGGAGCUGCAGCGGAUCAACGAUGAGAUCAAGAAGAGCGGGGUGGAUACUGCCUACUUCUCUGUGGAGGAAAACAUCACCAACCAGUUCAGGAAGUACAUGGACAUCCUCAACGCCAAGCCGAAGUUCAGAGAGGUGAAGAAGAAGCUUUUCCUGGAUCAUUUUGCCAAAACCGGUGGAGAAAAGAACCUUUACAUCCUCUACAAUGCUGUGACCGGAGAAACUUUGUCCGGGGAGCCAAUCCUUGAGAUCAUCCAGAACUACGAGGAGAAAAGCCGCCGACCGAUGGAGGACUUUUGUGCUCGACUGAAGAACCUCUUCUGCUUGGGGCUCAUUGCGCUUUUGGGGCACACUGCCCUGAAAGGCUACGACGAAGAUGAGGCUCUUCUGAAAGAGUGGAGGGAAAAUAUGAACAACGUCCAAGCCAAAAUGAACGCCGUCAUCGAAGACUGCAUCGUUAGCUUCCCUAAGCAGGCCGAACAAGACUCCCACCGCCUGGUGAGAGACCAGGAGGGCUUAGACAACCAGCAGCUAGCCGACGCCAUCAUCGAGAAGCUAAAGAAGAAGUACGACUGGGUGGGCUGGUCUGUGCGCGUCUUCAAGUCUCCCACUGGCCUGUUCACCAACAAGAAGGACUACCACUGCGCCACCGGGAAGAGCCGCUUCCAGGUUCCCACGUCGGACGAGAAACUGAACAUCUGGGUGUCGUUCAGCUCCUCGCCUGAACCCGUGGAUAAGAGCCACAUCCAGCAGCUGAUCCAGAGUCAGAAGAAGCUCACCGUGGUGGGUGUAGCCGAGUUACUGUUCGAGAAGCUGCCGGGCGGCUGCGUCGUCCACACCAUUAAAACCAGUAAAGACCUGGGCUGCUCCUGGAGCUUCGAGGACGACCUGCACUACUGGGAGGAGCACAAGAACUUCUACGUCUGCGUUCAUUCAGCCUGAAGAUUUAGAGAAAACUCUGUUUGCACAAAUUAUAGCACCAUGCUGCUCCGCUGUCCUCUGACCUUACAAAUGUUCCUCAGAAUGGGCCUUUAGAUACUAUAAAGUUGAGAGUGUUGAUGAGGUAUAAGUAUCUUAUGUGCAGGUGGGAUCUGAGCGAAGCUAACAGCUAUCAGAGCAAAGCCAUUCAACAAGGGAGACAUUAAAGACUCAAAUUUCCAAAGAUUUAUGUGAUUUAACCAACUGCAUCCAUGUUGCCAUGUAACUGCAGCUUUUCCAACCUCAAAACAAAAAUAAAACGGUAAAACUAAGCACAUGUAUUUAUCCAUAUUAAUUUGCUUUGUUCAACAGAAGAAGUGGUCAGAAAAAGCUGCAGAGCAACAAGGACGUUGAGUUAAUAAAUUAAUAAAUUACACAAUCAUCUUUUGCAAGAGCAUAUUUUCAGAGCAACUUCAAUUUGAUUGUUUUUGUCAGUUUUUAUUGGCCUGCUGUGUUUAUGUGUAGCUGUUAGCAUUACUCACCGACUGAUGUCCUGGAAACAAGUUAGUACUCUAAAAAAAUCUUUUAGAAAAUGUUUUAUUCCUUUCUUUUGCAUCUUCAACUGUGUAAAAAAACAUCUCCUGCCUUUUUUCAGAACAAAUUAUUGAGAUAAACUCUGAUGUGAGUUUCACAACAAUAUUCCUCUUCUUCUGAAGAUUUUGGCAGGAUUUAAUGUUUCAACCUGGACAUGUUUUUAUUAGAAAGAGAAAAUUGUUAUGGAUGUUCUGGAGCUGAUGAAGCUGAGCUCACCCUAAUGGGCCGUUUGUAUCAAAACCACGGGAAAAACUAGAAACCUCCGUUUGAUUUCACUUUUAGUUCUUAUUUGGCCUAAAGAAAAUGACACAAUGUUUCUUUUUCUGUCAGCUUUAAUCAGCACUGAUGCUGCUGCAGCGUUUGUCAGCUUUCAGUGUCGUCAAACAUCUCCAAGCUUCUUCCUGCUCUGACGUCUCGCUUUUUUGUGCAGCUGAAAUUCACUUUUGAAAGGUUUAGUUGAUCGUUUGACUCAUUUUGGGUUUUGGGGAUUUAGUUUUUAUUCAAAUGUUUCUAAUCUGACAUUCAUGUUCACACUACCUGCUGACAAUGCAGUCAUAUUCAAUAGAUUAUAAACUGCUUAAAAGGAUCAAACAUACUUUUUAUUAAUUAAGCCCACAUUUCUGUUUCAAAAUGUUUUUUUCCAUCCAUUCCCCUAAAUGUUUUUUUAACCAUCUGUAAAUAGAAAAUCAUGAUAAUUAACAGAAGGUUUAAAAAUAUCAGUCUGUGUAAAAUUUAUCCAUAUGAUGUGUCUCACAUUUUGUGAAUUUAUUAAUAAAACUAAUGUACUUUAAAAAAUAUUCAGAUUUAUUGAAUGUGAUUGUAUAAUGCACUGACUGGUCAUAGUUGUGGGUUUUCUGCUCUUUUGUCAGCAUUAUGUUUCUUCUUGUUCAACUUUUUAAAAAAAAACUCAAUAACACAUUUUGUGACUUUUUCUUUUUACACUUUCUAUUGCAAUGGUUCCCUGUCACCAACAAAAUAAAUAAAUCUUGAUUUAAUGCAUGA